AUGGAUGAUCUAUACGACGAGUUCGGCAACUUCAUUGGCGAAGACGUCGCGUCCGAGGAAGCGUCCGAGGCCGGCGUCGAGGCCGACAAUUACGUGUACCAUGACGAGGCCGGAGACAUUGGCGGCGCGCCGCCGGAGGAGCUCAUGGAGAUUGACGAUGGACCUUCUUCGACCGCCGUAAUCCUUCACGAAGACAAACAGUACUACCCCACCGCCCAGCAAGUCUACGGCCAAGACGUCGAGACCCGGGUGGAAGAGGAGGACGCCCAGCCGCUCUCCGAGCCCAUCAUCGCCCCCGUCGAGCAAAAAAAGUUCACCAUCCAAGAGGCCGACUUGCCUCCCGUCUUUUUCGACCGAGAGUUCAUGACGGACCUGAUGAGCUUUCCCCAGGAUAUGCGAAACGUCGCGCUGGCCGGACACCUGCACCACGGCAAGACAGCCUUCAUGGACAUGCUCGUCAUGGAGACGCACGACAUUGCCGACAAGUUGGACAAGCGAAGCGGGCGCAAGCGAGAGGAAAAGCUCCGCUACACCGACAUCCACAUCGUGGAGCGGGAGCGAGGCAUCUCCAUCAAGUCGUCGCCCAUGAGCCUUGUGCUGCAGAGCGGCAAGGGCAAAUCCCACCUGGUCAACCUCGUCGACACCCCGGGCCACGUCAACUUUGUGGACGAAGUCGCCGCGGCCUUUCGCCUCGUCGACGGAAUCUGCCUCGUCGUCGACGUUGUCGAGGGGGUGCAGGUCAACACGGAGCAAAUCAUCAAGCACGCCGUGCUGGAGGACAUCCCCAUCACCCUCAUCAUCAACAAGAUGGACCGCUUAAUCCUGGAGCUCAAGCUGCCCCCCAAGGACGCCUACUUCAAGCUCAAGCAUGUCGUGGAGGAGGUCAACACGGCCAUCACCAAUGCGUCGCCGGCAAGAGCGGCGGAGAAGCGCAUCAGCCCCGAGAAGGGCAACGUGCUCUUCUCCUGCACCGAGCUCGGCUGGUGCUUCACCCUGUCGUCUUUUGCCAAGAUGUACACCGACACCUACCCCGACGUCAAUGCCGAAGAGUUGGCCAGGAGGUUGUGGGGUGACGUCUACUACAACCCAAAGAAGCGGUCGUUCACCCGGAAACCCGUCGAGGACCGUGCUGCUCGAUCCUUUGUUCACUUCGUGCUGGAACCCAUCUACAAGCUGUUUACGCAUUCCAUCAGCGACAGCCCCGAAGACCUCGCGCUCGUCCUGGCGUCGUUGGGUGUCCAGCUGAAACCAGCGCAGUACAGAGCAGAUGCCCGAGACAUUCUAAAAGUCGUCUGCGCGCAAUUCUUUGGUUCGUCGACUGGCUUCGUAGACAUGGUUGUGCGGCACAUCCCGUCGCCCGUGCAAGGUGCCAGCCGGCUUCUGGAGCGGCACUAUAGCGGCCCGCUGGACACCAAGGUUGCGGUCUCGAUGAAGUCGUGUGAUCAGGACGGGCCCUUGGUCGUUCACAUUACCAAACUCUACAACACGCCCGACGCCAAGAGCUUCCACUCGUUUGGCCGUGUCCUCAGCGGCACGGCGAGACCGGGCGUCCGAGUACGAGUCCUUGGAGAGGGCUACUCCCUCGACGACGAGGAAGACAUGACCACGGCCACCAUUGGCGACGUCUUCAUCGCGGAAACCAGGUACAACAUCCCCACUGACGGGGUCCCCGCGGGAGGCCUGGUGCUGCUCAGCGGCGUGGACAACUCGAUAGUCAAGUCGGCCACGCUUGUCGCAAGCCAGUUCGACGACGGCGAGGACGCGUACAUCUUCAGGCCCGUCAUGCACUUCACCGAGUCGGUGCUCAAGGUUGCCGUGGAACCCAUCAACCCGUCCGAGCUGCCGAAAAUGCUGGACGGCUUGCGCAAGAUCCAGAAAUCGUACCCCCUCAUCGGCACCAAGGUGGAAGAGUCGGGCGAGCACAUUAUCCUGGGGACGGGCGAGCUCUACAUGGACUGCGUGUUGCACGACCUGCGACGGCUGUACGCCGACAUGGACAUCAAGGUCUCGGACCCGGUGACGCGCUUCUGCGAGACGGUGGUGGAAACAUCGGCCACCAAGUGCUACGCCAUCACGCCGAACAAGAAGAACAAGAUCACCAUGGUGGCGGAGCAGCUGGAAAAGGGAAUCUCGAGGGACAUUGAGAGCGGAGCGCUCAAGAUUCGCGACCCGGCCCGGAAGACGGCCAAGUUCUUGGAGGACAACUACGGGUGGGACAAGCUGGCGGCCCGAAGCAUAUGGGCUUUCGGACCCGAGGACAUGGGGACCAACAUUCUGCAGGACGAUACCAUCCCAACAGAGGUCGACAAGAAACUGCUCAACACGGUCAAGGAGUCGAUCCGCCAGGGAUUCAGCUGGGCCACCAGAGAAGGCCCGUUGUGCGAAGAACCCAUCCGAAACACAAGGUUCAAGGUGACGGACGUGCUGCUGGCAGGCGAGGCCAUUUUCCGCGGCGGCGGCCAAAUCAUCCCCACGUCGCGGCGAGCAUGCUACUCGUCGUUCCUGAUGGCCUCCCCGCGGCUGAUGGAGCCCGUGUACGCCGUCUCGGUAACCGGGCCGGAGGACUCCCACACCGAAGCGUACAACGUGCUGGCCCGACGCCGCGGCCACGUCCUGUCCGACGGCCCCAUCGCCGGCACGCCGCUGUACCGCGUCAACGGCCUGAUCCCCGUGAUCGACAGCUUCGGCUUCGAGACGGACCUGCGGAUCAAGACGCAGGGCAGCUCCAUGGUCAGCCUGGUCUUUGACAGCUGGAGCAUCGUCCCGGGCGAUCCGCUGGAUCGCGAGCAAAUCAUCCGCCCGCUGCAGCCUGCCUCGGCGCAGGCGACAGCCCGAGACUUUGUGCUCAAGACGAGGAGACGGAAGGGGCUGAGCGAGGACGUGAGCGUCAAGACGUUCCUGGAGCCCGAGUUUUACCAGAGCCUGAUGGAGAGCGGCAUGUUGGGAGACGCAUGA